AUGGUUCCUACAAUUGUCUUUGUUACCGGAAAUGCGAACAAAUUGAAGGAGGUCAAGAUGCUACUUGCGCCUCAAGCAGGAAAAGAGCCAACGUUCGAGCUAACGAAUACUGAUAUAGAUUUAGAUGAGCUCCAAAAUAGUUCCUUGGAGGAAAUUGCCCGUCAUAAGGUGUCACAAGCACAAUCGGUGUUGCCCAAGGGUACUGCCGUCUUUGUUGAGGACACCGCUUUGUGUUUCGAUGCUUUUAACGGGCUACCUGGCGCAUACGUUAAAUGGUUUUUGAAAAGCGUGGGUCCCGAGGGGCUAGUGCGUAUGCUGGAAGGAUUCGAGACCAAAAAAGCCGAGGCUGUGACCACCGUGGCAUUUGCAGACUUUGAGGGUCAAGUUCACAUUUUCCAGGGAAAGACCAGAGGUAAAAUUGUUCAACCUCGCGGAUCUAGAGAUUUCGGAUGGGAUUGCAUUUUCGAGCCCGAAGAGGGCGCUGGAAAAACGUAUGCGGAGAUGGAAAAGGUUGACAAGAACCAAAUUUCGCAGAGGUCCAGGGCUUUUGCGCUCUUAAGCAAAUGUUUGAACGACGCGUGA